GCUCGUAUAGUUCAGUUACUUCUCUACCUCUGUCAAGAUGGCGGCGGGCGCGGGGAGCGGAAGUGGCUCCGGCGCGGCUGGAGCUGCCUCGGUAGCCUCGCUCUGGAGCGAAGUGAAUCGCUGCGGCCAGAAUGGGGACUUCGGGCGCGCGCUGAAGUCCGUCAAUAAAAUACUACAAAUCAGUAAGGAUGAUGUGACUGCUUUACACUGCAAAGUGGUAUGUCUUAUACAAAAUGGAAGCUUUAAAGAAGCCUUGAGUGUGAUUCACACCCAUGUCAAAGUAUUAACUAGUGACUUGAUAGCUUUUGAGAAGGCUUAUUGUGAAUACAGGUUGAACAGAAUUGAAAAUGCUCUGAAGACCAUUCAGGGAGCCAGCCACCAGACAAACAAACUAAAGGAGCUCUAUGGACAAGUGUUGUACAGAUUAGAGCGUUAUGAUGACUGCUUGGCUGUGUAUCGGGAUCUUAUCCGUAAUUCACAGGAUGACUAUGAAGAAGAACGGAAAACCAAUCUUUCUGCAGUAGUUGCUGCACAGAGCACCUGGGAGAAAGUGGUGCCAGAAGACCUGGGCCUUCAGGAAGCUACCUAUGAACUGUGUUACAAUGCUGCCUGUGCUUUGAUUGGACAAGGCAGGAUGAACGAGGCAAUGAAAAUGCUGCAGAAAGCUGAAGAUUUGUGUCGCCAGUCUCUCUCUGAAGACUCAGAUGUGACUGAAGAAGAUGUUGAGGCAGAAUUGGCCAUUAUUCAUGGUCAAAUGGCUUAUAUUUUGCAACUCCAAGGUCAUACAGAGGAAGCACUACAACUUUACAAUCAGAUAAUCAAACUAAAACCCACAGAUGUAGGAUUGCUUGCUGUCAUUGCCAAUAACAUCAUCACUAUUAACAAGGACCAAAAUGUCUUUGAUUCAAAGAAAAAAGUUAAACUGACCAAUGCUGAAGGUGUUGAACAUAAACUGUCCAAGAAACAACUCCAAGCAAUAGAAUUCAAUAAAGCUUUGUUGGCCAUGUAUACUAAUCAGGCAGAUCAGUGCCGCAAACUGGCAUCAGGUUUACAGUCGCAAAGCCCUGAACACCUCCUUCCUGUUUUAAUCCAUGCAGCUCAGUUGUGUCGAGAGAAACAACAUACUAAGGCAAUAGAGCUCCUACAGGAGUUUGCAGAUCAACAUCCUGAGAAAGCAUCUGAGAUUAAAUUGACCAUGGCACAAUUAAAAGUUGCUCAAGGCAGUGUCACGAAAGCAUGCAUCAUCCUAAGGAGCAUAGAUGAGCUAAGGCAUAAACCUGGCAUGAUAUCAGCAUUGGUGACAAUGUAUAGCCAUGAAGAAGAUAUUGACAGUGCAAUAGAAGUCUUGGCACAAGCCAUUGAAUGGUAUCAAGAAUUCCAGCCCAAGUCUCCGAUACUUUUGUCACUAAUAAGAGAAGCUGCUAACUUCAAGCUAAAGCAUGGCCGAAAGAAGGAAGCCAUCAGUGACCUUGAGGAACUGUGGAAACAAAAUCCAGAUGAUGUCCAUACCUUGGCUCAGCUGAUUUCUGCCUACUCACUGGUUGAUGCUGAGAAAGCCAAAGUUCUCAGCAAACAUUUGCCUUCUUCAGACACAAUGUCUUUGAAAGUAGAUAUAGAGGCACUGGAAAGCUCACAUGGAGCAACAUACAUUCGGAAAAAAGGCGGGAAACCCACAACUGAAAAUCAACAAAAAGAACAAGGGCAAGGGGAUGUUAAGAAAAAGAAGAAGAAAAAGAAGGGAAAACCGCCGAAGAAUCAUGAUCCUAAAAUGACACCUGAUCCUGAACGGUGGCUUCCAAUGCGAGAACGCACUUACUAUCGAGGGAGAAAGAAAGGCAAGAAGAAGGACCAAAUUGGGAAAGGAACUCAGGGAGCAAUGACAACAGCUUCCUCUGAAUUGGAUGCUAGUAAAACUGCUAGUAGCCCACCUACAUCCCCACGGCCUGGCAGUAUAACAGCUAUUCCAUCAGCAUCAACAAGCAACAUGAUACCACCCAGGCACCAAAAGCCUCCUGGUGCAGCAGCAACAAAAAAGAAACAGCAACAGAAAAAAAAGAAAGGUGGAAAGGGAGGCUGGUGAUCAGGACAAGCAGCUGAAAUUGCUAUAUUUUUUUCUUGUUAUGACAACUAUGAACAUAAUAAAGGUCAAACAAAAACAAGGUGAAUUUUUCAAAA